GCUGGUUAAAGGCUUGUCUGCUAACCUUCUCUCUGUGCGGCGACUGCAGAAGAGUAAGGCCGAAGUGACCUUUGGACCAACCAGCUGCCGUGCUAAGCUUGGGAAGAAGGUGCUGUGGAGUCUGGAAGAGGAGACCAGCUGCAUCAAGGACCUGUGGCAGCUGCCCAUCAUCCCUUGGAAUGGGAAGACUCCAACAGCAGUAGAGCAGCAGCAGCAGCAGCAGCAUGAGUCUCCAUCUCGAGUUCCACACCCGCCUGAGCGUCCUAGGAGGGAUGUGCGCCCUCCAGUGAGGCUGACCUAUGGGGGAAGAGGCAGGCCGAAUGUGGUGCAGGCUGGGAGUGUGGUUGAGCAGAUUGAGGAAGAUGAGAUCGCUCACUGCUACUGGGCACCAAUCCCUGAGCCCAAGACUCGAGAGGAGGCCUUGAAUGGACCAAAUGGGGAGAAGUGGAAGGCGAGUGAGGAUGAGGAGUUCGGGUCCCUAAUUGAGAACGAGACAUGGGACCUGUGUGACUUGCCUCCUGGAAAGAAGGCAAUCACUUCCAAGAUGAUCUACAGGCACAACCUGUUCCUGCUGCAGGAGAAGGAUGAAAUCCUCAUGCUCUUGGUGUAUGUGGAUGAUAUCCUUCUCUUUUCUGCAUCAACUGCUUUGCUGGACAGCGCAGAGCAGAUGCUGGAGAUGCAGUUCAAGUGCUCCAAGAUGGGUGAGGCGAAGUACUACUUGGGGAUGCACGUGGAGAGAGAUGUGGAAAAGGGUGUGCUGAGGUUGCACCAGAGGAAGUACUGUGAGGGGCUGGCUGAGAAGUAUGGGCUGCAAGAUGGGGGAAAGCCAGCAACACCACUACCUUCGGGGUUCACUGUGGAGCCAUGUGCUGAUGAGGAGGUAGUGGGUGAUAGUGACAGGAAGCUGUUUCAUUCGAUGGUUGGGUCGCUGAAUUAUCCUGCAAAUCAUACACGGCCUGACAUUGCAUUUGCUACAUCACGGUUGGCUAGUGUGGUCUCACGCCCUAGUCAUGAGCAGCUGGAAGCGGCCAAGAGGUUGGUCCGCUAUAAUUUCGGAUUUAUAUUUUGAGUAAUUCUAGCUCCUAAGUUCACCUAGACUCUGUCCUUAAUCCU